CCCUCAAGGACCUUCUACUUCUGUUCCUCUCUACUCCCACCACUUCACCAUGGCUGAGAACGCUCCCCGCAAGCUUACCGUCGCCGUCAUAGGUGCCGGCAUCGGUGGUCUCGCGGUCGUGCGCGCCAUUGAGCGCUUUUGCGACAUGUCCAUGCUCGACGUGCACCUCUACGAGGCGGCGUCGCAGAUCUCGGAAAUCGGCGCGGGCCUCAAUAUCUGGCAGAGGGUGUACGACAUCCUCACGGACCUAGGCUUGGAGGACGAUAUGAAAAAAUACCUUGAUAACGCCGAGACGACUUCCUUCACCUUUCGUAAGAGCGACCAGCCCGAAGGGAUCACGUUCAAGGAGGUGUACCCAGAGAAUGACGGGAAAAUGUUCCUGCUGCACCGCGCCGAGAUCCAAGGCAUGCUCAUGGGGCACAUCUCCGCGGACGUCAAGAUCCACCUUUCCCACCGUCUCGAGAGCUACGAGCACACCAAUGAUGCCACAGAGAAGAUCGUACUGCGCUUCCGAGGCGGCCAAGAGACCCGUUGCGACCUCCUCAUCGCCGCGGAUGGCGUUCACUCGGUCGUCCGCCACCAAUUCGUCGCUCGUCUGGCCGACAAACUCAACCAGCCGGAGCUGAAGCAGGCUCUGGACCCUGUCUACAGCGGCAGCAAGUUAUAUCGCGGUCUAGUUCCGCAGGAGCAGCUAGCGGCGGCGUGGCCGGACCAUCCGGCUUUAACGAAGCCUUACAUCUACUGCGGCAAAGACAAGUACGUUGUGACGUACCCCAUCGUCAAUGGUCGCUUCAUCAACGUCGUCCUCUUCUACACCGACAUGACCGACGUCGACACCACUUACACCGACCCCGAAAUCGGAGAAGCCACCGCGGACGAAAUCGUCAAGAUGUACGAAGGCUGGGAGCCGCAGGUGGAGGCGCUGCUGAAGUGCAUGCCCAACCCGUCGCGUCAUUGGGUACUGCUGACGCAGAAGCCUCUCGAGACGUGGGCUGACGAGGGGGUGAUGUUGAUGGGAGACGCGGCACAUGCGAUGACUCCGAACCUCGGCACCGGCGCAAGUCAAGCCAUAGAGGACGGCUACAUCCUCGCUCAAAUCCUCGCCCGCGCGCAGAAGAAGGGCCCUUUCGAGAUUCUUUCGCAAGACACCAUGGCGCUCUACAACCGCCUGCGCCCGCCCAUCGCCAACUUUGUGCAGGCGCGCGCGAAGCUGCAGUCUCGGCUCGUCCAGUUCAACGAAGAGGGCGUGGAUCUUUCGCUUGUCGAGGCCAGUUCGCCGAUGCACACCGACACUGACCGCCUGACGAGGCUCGGAAACGGGCUUUGGGAUGGUCUGCACUGGUAUAGGCAUAGAAUCGUGCGUGAGACGGAUGCGGUGGUGGUGAAAGCUCUGGCGGCGCACUGAUUAUGCAGUUUCUCUGACACUGGACUUACAAUAUUCAGUCGCAUAGCCUCGAGUACUCAUGGUUAAUGUCGACAUGCCUGCCCGCAGCCUGAGUUAAGUGGUGUAAUGGCAACACGAGCGCUUUACAAGA